AUGCAACACCGAGGCAAUUUCAAGAGGCAACUCAAAGGAGACAAUUGCAAGGAAGAAAGAGCACCCAAGGUGCCCCUUUGCACGUGCAGCACCUCACAUGCUCUCGACUCUCCCCCCCUCCCCAUCCCCGUCACACACUCACGUGCACCAGUUGCCCCUCCCCAUCACACACUCGAGUGCGCCAGUUGCCCCUCCCCAUCACACACUCGAGUGCGCCAGUUGCCCCUCCUCAUCACACACUCAAGUGCGCCAGUUGCCCCUCCCCAUCACACACUCAAGUUCGCCAGUUGCCCCUCCCCAUCACACACUCAAGUGCGCCAGUUGCCCCUUCCCCCACUCAAUUGCCCCUCCCCCCACUCAAGUGAGCCAGUUGCCCCUCCCCCCACUCAAGUGCGCCAGUUGCCCCUCCCCCCACUCAAGUGCGCCAGUUGCCCCUCCCCCCACUCAAGUGACCCAGUUGCCCCUCCCCCCACUCAAGUGAGCCAGUUGCCCCUCCCCCCACUCAAGUGCGCCAGUUGCCCCUCCCCCCACUCAAGUGCGCCAGUUGCCCCUCCCCCCACUCAAGUGCGCCAGUUUCCCCUCCCCCCACUCAAUUGCCCCUCCCCCCACUCAAGUGCGCCAGUUGCCCCUCCCCCCACUCAAGUGCGCCAGUUGCCCCUCCCCCCACUCAAGUGCGCCAGUUGCCCCUCCCCCCACUCAAGUGCGCCAGUUUCCCCUCCCUCCACUCAAGUGAGCCAGUUGCCCCUCCCCCCACUCAAGUGCGCCAGUUGCCCCUCCCCCCACUCAAGUGCGCCAGUUGCCCCUCCCCCCACUCAAGUGCGCCAGUUGCCCCUCCCCCCACUCAAGUGCGCCAGUUGCCCCUCCCCCCACUCAAGUGAGCAAGUUGCCCCUCCCCCCACUCAAGUGAGCCAGUUGCCCCUCCCCCCACUCAAUUGCCCCUCCCCCCACUCAAGUGAGCCAGAUGCCCCUCCCCCCACUCAAGUGAGCCAGUUGCCCCUCCCCCCACUCAAGUGCGCCAGUUGCCCCUCCCCCCACUCAAGUGCGCCAGUUUCCCCUCCCCCCACUCAAGUGAGCAAGUUGCCCCUCCCCCCACUCAAGUGCGCCAGUUGCCCCUCCCCCCACUCAAGUGCGCCAGUUGCCCCUCCCCCCACUCAAGUGCGCCAGUUUCCCCUCCCCCCACUCAAAUGCCCCUCCCCCCACUCAAGUGAGCCAGUUGCCCCUCCCCCCACUCAAGUGCGCCAGUUGCCCCUCCCCCCACUCAAGUGCGCCAGUUGCCCCUCCCCCCACUCAAGUGCGCCAGUUUCCCCUCCCCCCACUCAAGUGAGCCAGUUGCCCCUCCCCCCACUCAAGUGCGCCAGUUGCCCCUCCCCCCAAUCAAGUGCGCCAGUUGCCCCUCCCCCCACUCAAGUGCGCCAGUUGCCCCUCCCCCCACUCAAGUGCGCCAGUUUCCCCUCCCCCCACUCAAGUGAGCCAGUUGCCCCUCCCCCCACUCAAGUGCGCCAGUUGCCCCUCCCCCCACUCAAGUGCGCCAGUUGCCCCUCCCCCCACUCAAGUGCGCCAGUUGCCCCUCCCCCCACUCAAGUGCGCCAGUUGCCCCUCCCCCCACUCAAGUGCGCCAGUUGCCCCUCCCCCCACUUAAGUGCGCCAGUUUCCCCUCCCCCCACUCAAGUGAGCAAGUUGCCCCUCCCCCCACUCAAGUGCGCCAGUUGCCCCCCCCCCCACUCAAGUGCGCCAGUUGCCCCUCCCCCCACUCAAGUGCGCCAGUUGCCCCUCCCCCCACUCAAGUGCGCCAGAUGCCCCUCCCCCCACUCAAGUGAGCCAGUUGCCCCUCCCCCCACUCAAGUGCGCCAGUUGCCCCUCCCCCCACUCAAGUGCGCCAGUUUCCCCUCCCCCCACUCAAGUGAGCAAGUUGCCCCUCCCCCCACUCAAGUGCGCCAGUUGCCCCUCCCCCCACUCAAGUGCGCCAGUUGCCCCUCCCCCCACUCAAGUGCGCCAGUUUCCCCUCCCCCCACUCAAGUGAGCCAGUUGCCCCUCCCCCCACUCAAGUGCGCCAAUUGCCCCUCCCCCCACUCAAGUGCGCCAGUUGCCCCUCCCCCCACUCAAUUGCCCCUCCCCCCACUCAAGUGCGCCAGUUUCCCCUCCCCCCACUCAAGUGAGCCAGUUGCCCCUCCCCCCACUCAAGUGCGCCAGUUGCCCCUCCCCCCACUCAAGUGCGCCAGUUGCCCCUCCCCCCACUCAAGUGAGCCAGAUGCCCCUCCCCCCACUCAAGUGAGCCAGUUGCCCCUCCCCCCACUCAAGUGCGCCAGUUGCCCCUCCCCCCACUCAAGUGAGCCAGUUGCCCCUCCCCCCACUCAAGUGCGCCAGUUGCCCCUCCCCCCACUCAAGUGCGCCAGUUGCCCCUCCCCCCACUCAAGUGAGCCAGAUGCCCCUCCCCCCACUCAAUGCGCCAGUUGCCCCUCCCCCCACUCAAGUGCGCCAGUUGCCCCUCCCCCCACUCAAGUGCGCCAGUUGCCCCUCCCCCCACUCAAGUGCGCCAGUUGCCCCUCCCCCCACUUAAGUGCGCCAGUUUCCCCUCCCCCCACUCAAGUGAGCAAGUUGCCCCUCCCCCCACUCAAGUGCGCCAGUUGCCCCCCCCCCCACUCAAGUGCGCCAGUUGCCCCUCCCCCCACUCAAGUGCGCCAGUUGCCCCUCCCCCCACUCAAGUGCGCCAGAUGCCCCUCCCCCCACUCAAGUGAGCCAGUUACCCCUCCCCCCACUCAAGUGCGCCAGUUGCCCCUCCCCCCACUCAAGUGCGCCAGUUGCCCCUCCCCCCACUCAAGUGCGCCAGUUGCCCCUCCCCCCACUCAAGUGCGCCAGUUGCCCCUCCCCCCACUCAAGUGCGCCAGUUGCCCCUCCCCCCACUUAAGUGCGCCAGUUUCCCCUCCCCCCACUCAAGUGAGCAAGUUGCCCCUCCCCCCACUCAAGUGCGCCAGUUGCCCCCCCCCCCACUCAAGUGCGCCAGUUGCCCCUCCCCCCACUCAAGUGCGCCAGUUGCCCCUCCCCCCACUCAAGUGCGCCAGAUGCCCCUCCCCCCACUCAAGUGAGCCAGUUGCCCCUCCCCCCACUCAAGUGCGCCAGUUGCCCCUCCCCCCACUCAAGUGCGCCAGUUUCCCCUCCCCCCACUCAAGUGAGCAAGUUGCCCCUCCCCCCACUCAAGUGCGCCAGUUGCCCCUCCCCCCACUCAAGUGCGCCAGUUGCCCCUCCCCCCACUCAAGUGCGCCAGUUUCCCCUCCCCCCACUCAAGUGAGCCAGUUGCCCCUCCCCCCACUCAAGUGCGCCAGUUGCCCCUCCCCCCACUCAAGUGCGCCAGUUGCCCCUCCCCCCACUCAAUUGCCCCUCCCCCCACUCAAGUGCGCCAGUUUCCCCUCCCCCCACUCAAGUGAGCCAGUUGCCCCUCCCCCCACUCAAGUGCGCCAGUUGCCCCUCCCCCCACUCAAGUGCGCCAGUUGCCCCUCCCCCCACUCAAUUGCCCCUCCCCCCACUCAAGUGCGCCAGUUGCCCCUCCCCCCACUCAAGUGCGCCAGUUUCCCCUCCCCCCACUCAAGUGAGCCAGUUGCCCCUCCCCCCACUCAAGUGCGCCAGUUGCCCCUCCCCCCACUCAAGUGCGCCAGUUUCCCCUCCCCCCACUCAAGUGAGCCAGUUGCCCCUCCCCCCACUCAAGUGCGCCAGUUGCCCCUCCCCCCACUCAAGUGCGCCAGUUGCCCCUCCCCCCACUCAAGUGCGCCAGUUGCCCCUCCCCCCACUCAAGUGCGCCAGUUGCCCCUCCCCCCACUCAAGUGCGCCAGUUGCCCCUCCCCCCACUCAAGUGCGCCAGUUUCCCCUCCCCCCACUCAAGUGAGCCAGUUGCCCCUCCCCCCACUCAAGUGCGCCAGUUGCCCCUCCCCCCACUCAAGUGCGCCAGUUGCCCCUCCCCCCACUCAAGUGCGCCAGUUGCCCCUCCCCCCACUCAAGUGCGCCAGUUUCCCCUCCCUCCACUCAAGUGAGCCAGUUGCCCCUCCCCCCACUCAAGUGCGCCAGUUGCCCCUCCCCCCACUCAAGUGCGCCAGUUGCCCCUCCCCCCACUCAAGUGCGCCAGUUGCCCCUCCCCCCACUCAAGUGCGCCAGUUGCCCCUCCCCCCACUCAAGUGCGCCAGUUGCCCCUCCCCCCACUCAAGUGCGCCAGUUGCCCCUCCCCCCACUCAAGUGCGCCAGUUGCCCCUCCCCCCACUCAAGUGCGCCAUUUUCCCCUCCCCCCACUCAAGUGAGCAAGUUGCCCCUCCCCCCACUCAAUUGCCCCUCCCCUCACUCAAGUGCGCCAGUUGCCCCUCCCCCCACUCAAGUGAGCCAGUUGCCCCUCCCCCCACUCAAGUGAGCCAGAUGCCCCUCCCCCCACUCAAUGCGCCAGUUGCCCCUCCCCCCACUCAAGUGCGCCAGUUGCCCCUCCCCCCACUCAAGUGCGCCAGUUUCCCCUCCCCCCACUCAAGUGAGCCAGUUGCCCCUCCCCCCACUCAAGUGCGCCAGUUGCCCCUCCCCCCACUCAAGUGCGCCAGUUGCCCCUCCCCCCACUCAAGUGAGCCAGAUGCCCCUCCCCCCACUCAAGUGAGCCAGUUGCCCCUCCCCCCACUCAAGUGCGCCAGUUGCCCCUCCCCCCACUCAAGUGCGCCAGUUGCCCCUCCCCCCACUCAAGUGCGCCAGUUUCCCCUCCCCCCACUCAAUUGCCCCUCCCCCCACUCAAGUGCGCCAGUUGCCCCUCCCCCCACUCAAGUGCGCCAGUUGCCCCUCCCCCCACUCAAGUGCGCCAGUUGCCCCCCCCCCCACUCAAGUGCGCCAGUUGCCCCUCCCCCCACUCAAGUGCGCCAGUUGCCCCUCCCCCCACUUAAGUGCGCCAGUUUCCCCUCCCCCCACUCAAGUGAGCAAGUUGCCCCUCCCCCCACUCAAGUGCGCCAGUUGCCCCCCCCCCCACUCAAGUGCGCCAGUUGCCCCUCCCCCCACUCAAGUGCGCCAGUUGCCCCUCCCCCCACUCAAGUGCGCCAGUUGCCCCUCCCCCCACUCAAGUGCGCCAGUUUCCCCUCCCCCCACUCAAGUGAGCCAGUUGCCCCUCCCCCCACUCAAGUGCGCCAGUUGCCCCUCCCCCCACUCAAGUGCGCCAGUUGCCCCUCCCCCCACUCAAGUGCGCCAGUUGCCCCUCCCCCCACUCAAGUGCGCCAGUUGCCCCUCCCCCCACUCAAGUGCGCCAGUUGCCCCUCCCCCCACUCAAGUGUGCCAGUUUCCCCUCCCCCCACUCAAGUGAGCAAGUUGCCCCUCCCCCCACUCAAGUGCGCCAGUUGCCCCUCCCCCCACUCAAGUGCGCCAGUUGCCCCUCCCCCCACUCAAGUGCGCCAGUUGCCCCUCCCCCCACUCAAGUGUGCCAGUUUCCCCUCCCCCCACUCAAGUGAGCCAGUUGCCCCUCCCCCCACUCAAGUGCGCCAGUUGCCCCCCCCCCCACUCAAGUGCGCCAGUUGCCCCUCCCCCCACUCAAGUGCGCCAGUCGCCCCUCCCCCCACUCAAGUGCGCCAGUUGCCCCUCCCCCCACUCAAGUGCGCCAGUUUCCCCUACCCCCACUCACCUUCCCCACUUGUCCCUCCCCCCACUCACGUGCGCCAGUUGCGUUUAAUUAUCCCCACCACCCGCCCCGUUGGCCUUGCCAGUUCUGACGGCCCCUUUCUCCCUUCUCCCCCUCCCCCGUCCUUCCCCCCUCCUCCACCACCACCUUCCUCCUUGCCGCCCCCCUCCUUGGCUUGGGAGAGCGCAGCAGCAGCAGAGGAGAGAGUGGAAGGUGCAUCGUCUGCUGAAGCAGGGGCCAGACCUACCGAUUACUCCUCCCCCUGCUCUUCCGCUGUUAGAAUACACGAGAGGAAUGUGGGCAGGAUGAGUGGGUAUGGGGGAGGGCGAAUGGGGAGGGAGGGGGGGAAAGGGGGAAGAGAGAGGGGUAGGGGGAGUGGAGAGAGACUCACCAGCAGCUUCAUCGUUAUCAUCUUCCCUCUCCCUCAGAGUGCCGCUAGUCGGUUCCUUCCACUGCUCCCUCGGCAGGUGGUGAGCGCCGAUGGGGGCAGCUGUGUGGGGCGCUCUGCUGGUGACUACAGGCGCCAGCUGGCUGAUGUGUGGGGCAUGUGA